GGAGCCAGGAUUUACUAAUCGGCUUGUCCUGAUUGGUAGAAGGCCAACCAUGGGAUCUUUCUUACUGCGGCACUUGAUUCUUGAAGUGAGUCAAUAAAUACACGUCAUUAUUCCACCCCGGCGGUUCGCCUGGGACGUCCAGAUCACUGGCCUCUCUCACCCUGCAGCGGAGGGACGUGAGAGCUGAAGUUUGAAGCACCGCCCACUAGGGGCGUGAUUCGUCCGCUUCAGAACCCCGAGCAUCAAUCGGGGAUUUUCUUUUCCUCGGCCGCGAUCCAAACUUGUCAUCCUGUCGGUCAGUUUCCUUAUGUCUGGCCGGCAACCGGUCAGGACUUUGUCAGCCUCGCUGUUUAUGUGUGUAUGUGAGUUUGUUUUAAUGAAAAUGGAUGAAGUCACGCGAGAGGAACGGCGCUCAGGACCUGAACUCCCCUAGUCCACUUGUAGUCCACCUGGAGCCUUUCUAGUCCACCUGGUGAACGAGCACCUUGUUUCUUAAAUGGAUUAUUCUGAGGUCCGAGCCGGUCUGUUUUCAUGGAGACGCGUCUUCCUGAUCUUGUAGAAGGAUCCGUGCGCCUCUCCGCGCUCAGCCAUGGGGAAAUGGCACUUGUCAAUGGACCCGGUGCAGGAGUGGGGGGAGGAGGUGGAGGACGGGGCGGUGUUCGGCGUCACUCUGCGACGGGAGCCGGUGGAGCCGGACCCCCCGGAGGGCCCCCAGACCCCCGGGACCCCCGGGACCCCCGUGACCCCACCCGGGUCGGGGUUCAUCCAGUACCACACGGUGAAGGUGCGGCGGCUGAAGGCGGCGUCCCUGGAGCGGCUGGUGGACCACCUGCUUGACCCGGAGCACCGCGAGGCCGACUUCCCCCGCGUGUUCCUGGCCACGUACCGGGCCUUCACCUCGGCCAGCGGCCUCAUAGAGCUGCUCUUCAAGAGGGAUGACUCCAGAGCCUUCCCCGAGGGCGACACCUGCCCCAGGAGCACGCUGGGCCCGGUGGUCCGCCUCUGGCUGGACGAGUUCCGGGAGGACCUGUGCGAGCCCCCCCUGCACCCGGCCCUGCGGCAGCUCAGCAUCCAGCUGAGACACCGCCUCCGCUUCCGGCGCCUGGCGCAGUCCACCGAGUCGCUGCUGCGGCGCUUCCAGGAGCAGAACGUAGACAAGGAGGCGGAGAAACCGGAGGCCCUCGGCCCUGGGGGGGGCCCGGACAGACCCGCCCACCUGGAAGAGGGGCGCGGCUUCAUGGAGUUUUCCCAGAAGGAAGUGGCGGAGCAGCUCACCCGAUUGGACGCUGCGCUCUUCGUCCGCGUCGUGCCGUUCCACUGCCUGGGCUGCGUCUGGUCGCAGCGGGACAAGAAGGAGAACCGCGGCCUGGCGCCCAGCGUGCGCGCCACCAUCGCCCAGUUCAACGCCGUCACCAACCGGGUCAUCACCUCGCUGCUCUGCCCGCACGGCGCCGCCGGCCCCGCCUCCCCCGCGCCCUCGUCCUCCUCCCCCGUCCCUCCCCCCUCCUCACCCGUCCCUCCCCCCUCCUCCCCCGGCUCCCCCCGUCUCUCGCACAGCAGCGUGGGCGCCCGGGCGCUGGUCAUCGAGCGCUGGAUCGCCAUCGCACAGGAGUGCCGUCAGCUCAGGAACUUCUCGUCCCUGAGGGCGAUCCUCUCGGCGCUGCAGUCCAACGCCGUCUACCGGCUGAAGAAGACCUGGGGGGCCGUCAGCAGGGAGAGCAUGGCGAGCUUCGAGCUCCUGUGCACGACCUUCCCUGACGACAACUGCAUGGUGACGGGACGAGAGAUCCUCACCGAGGAAGGACAUCACGACGAGGACCACGCCAGCACGCUGCCCAAACUCGGCCAAACUUCAUCCAAACAAACGGGCAGUGUCCCCUACCUGGGUACCUUCCUGACGGUCCUCACCAUGUUGGACACAGCGCUGACCGACAACGUGCAGGACGACCUCAUCAACUUUGAGAAGCGCAGACGGGAGUUUGACAUCAUCUCCCAGAUCCACCAGCUGCAGGCGUCCUGCUCCCACUACAGCUUCCCAGUCCACGGCCCGAUCGACGCCUGGCUACAGGAACACGCGCUGCUCACCGACCAGGAGAGCUACGACCUGUCCCGGUCGCUGGAGCCCCCCGUGGACCCCCCCGUGGACCCCUGCCCCUCCUCCCCCAGCUCCUGGAGCCACCGCCUGCUCAACAAGAAGUUCACCUCGCUGCGGGGGGCCGGUGAGACCUCCUCUGGCAGGAAGGCGCAGGCGGAUCAGAUCAGCGUGUCGUCGUCGGGGUCCAGCAGCUCUGAGACGGAGGACCCCUCCAGCCCCCCCCUCGCGCCCCCCCCAGCCGUGCUCCGACUCAAGCUCAAGACGCUGUCCGGCUCGCUGCACAACGUGGCCGAGGACUUCUUCUCCUCCUCCAGCUCCCCGGGCUCCUCCCUCUCCUCCUGCUCCUCCCACCCCGACCUGAGCUCUGGGGGCCUUGAGGCCCCGGGCCCCCGCUCCCCCCGGCCCGUCUAUAACCAGCAGGGGGCGGACUCCUGCAUCGUCCGGGUCAGCGUGGAGGACGGCAACAACGGGAACAUCUACAAGAGCAUCCUGCUGACCAGCCAGGACCACACAGCCCACGUGAUCCAGCGGGCUCUGGAGAAACACAACAUGGAGACCUACAGCAGCCAGGACUUCAGCCUCACCCAGCUGCUGACCCCCGACAAAGAGCUCCUCAUCCCGGAGAAGGCCAACGUCUUCUACGCCAUGAGCACCACCGCCAACUACGACUUUGUGCUCAGGCAGCGCUGGAAGACCCCCAGCCGCCCGCUGUGCAGCUCCUCCAGCGCCGAGGCUCACCCCAAGUGAACAGCGCCCCCGCCUGGCCGGGGGCGUACAUGACACUCCGAGGGACAGCGUGCUGUUGGUUGAUUACCCCACCUGUUGAUCACACCUGUUGAAGUCCUCCCAGGACCGUCGGAAGGGGAAGACGCAGGCGGAGAGCGACCGAAGCCAUUUGCAUCGGAGGAGUAUCGACGGCGCUUUGACAGUCAAAUUCUGAUGGACCUAACGUCUACAGCGCUGCGCUGAAGGAAGCAGGAUCUGACCUCGAUGGAGCGUUGUAGAGGUGGUUCUGGGCGUACUGGAGAGACCAGAUCCUGUGACGGAGGGUGCAUAUGAAUAGAGUGAGACUGAGACUCCAGGCUGGGGCGUCACAGUCCAACAGAACCCUCUAGGGGGCUGUGAUGGAACUCGCCCCCCCCCCCCAGAGACGACUCUAUUCAGCCCUCUGGAUGUUCAGAGGGAACAAGCUCUACCGCCGUGUUGGCUUGUUCCCGAGGGCCGCAGCCGACAGAUGUCUGGUCUCUCUCGGGGGCUGACUGGUCUCUCUCUGGACUGACUGGUCUCUCUCCUGACUGACUGGUCUCUCUCUGGACUGACUGGUCUCUCUCUGGACUGACUGGUCUCUCUCUCUGGGGGCUAACUGGUCUCUCUCUGGAGGCUGACUGGUCUCUCUCUGGGGGCUGACUGGUCUCUCUCUGGGGGCUAACUGGUCUCUCUCUCUGGGGGCUGACUGGUCUCUCUCUCUGGGGGCUAACUGGUCUCUCUCUUGGGGGCUGACUGGUCUCUCUCUGGGGGGCUGACUGGUCUCUCUGGGGGGGUGGCUGGUCACUCUCUCUUGGGGCUGGCUGGUCUCUCUCUCUCGGGCUGGCUGGUCUCUCUCGGGGACGGCUGGUCUCUCUCUUUGCAUUGAGAACAGACGACCCUCCUCCUAACCACUGCCUUCAGAGGAGCGUUCGAUGUGACGGUGGUUCUGUGGUCUGGCGGCUCAAUGUCUCUCUUAGAUUUUUAUAUGAAUUAAUGUAUUGUUAAUGCUGUUCAUGUUAUGUAUUGUAUAUUCUUUGUCUAGUUAAUUUAAUUGAAACUAACCUUCAGUACUGGCGUUCAGUCUUAUCCCCUAAGGUUACCUUGCACUAUAACUUUAUAAUGGUAGGUUAUGAUAGUAUUAAGUAAUUAUCUCGCCUACACUUUAAAAAUCAAGUUCUCUGUCGUCGUUCAGAAUGGCGUCCGUUGCUUGUAGACACUUGACAGAUAAAUGCUACGUUGAAGGAGGAGUUGAACCGGUAUGCAUGAGGUGGAGCGUUGGUUCCAGUCCUAGUAUCAGCCCUCUUUUGAGUCUGACUUAGGCUGAGGCAGGGGGGGUUUCAGUGUGGUGCGCUGGGCUCACUGCUUCGCACUUUUUUUUUCACUGAUGUUGUGGUCUUUGGAAGCCAGACCCCAGAUCAGUAGAGUUUGCACUUCAGACAGAUGAAUACAGAUCACCAUGAGCUUGCGUUGUAGCGGAGGUCUGGUGUGGUCGACGAUGAUGGAUAGGAGUUAAUGUACCUUAAGACUCAAUCAGCCAAUGAGAGGUCUGCGUUAAUGUACCUUAAGAAUCUGAGGGCUCACAUCACAUAACAAACAAAAAGGAACGUGGUAGGCUAUAUACAACAAGAAUCUUGAUAUGCAGCUAGAUCUAGAUCAAUAGAUACCGCUAUAUAUAUAUAUAUAUAUUUAGACCUAUAGAUCUAGCUAUAUAUCUAGCUAAAUAGAUUGUGUAUAUAUAUUGAUAUGUAUAGCUAGAUCUAUAGAUCGAUAUUUAUAAAUCCAUAUCGAUAUAGCUAUGUAUCUAUAUAGCUAUAUAUAUCCUGUGCUGGAUACUAAAAUCCAUUAGUUUUUGACGCCAGUGAUAUUUAUGUGUUUUGUCACUCAUUCAUUCAGUUUCCACUAUUAAAGCAUCUGCUUUUGUAUUGUAUCCUAAUGUGUUUUUAAAGAGAUUAUUUUAAUGCAUAAUAAAAUCCCUUCAAGUA